CUAAUCUUUUACACCACGUGCAAUUUUUCUUCGAAAUUAAUAGAAAGUAUUAAUUUACUUUAUUGCUUGUAUUUUACUUAUAAAAUAUUUAAUAUUUCAAAAUGGUGAAAAUAAAGAAAAUGUCAAAGCGUCAACCAGCACGCUUAAGAUACAAAAUUGAGAAGAAAGUACGUGAUCACAAUAAAAAACAAAGAAAACUUAAUAAAAAGAAACCGCCAUCUAAGAAAUCUAAGCUUAUUCAAGUUCCAAAUAUAUGUCCUUUCAAAGAAGACAUUCUUCGAGAAGCAGAAGAAAUGAAAAAAAGAAAAGAAGAGGAACAACAGAAGAGACGAGAGCAACUCAAACUAGAACGAGCACAGCAAAAAAAGACAACACUAGAACAAAUGGUAAACAAUGCAGAAGUUAGAGGACAGAUACAUACUGCUUUAGAAGUAUCAGGUGUUGAUAAUCAGAAAUAUGGAACAGAUAAGAAACAAGAAAAUUCUUUAAAGGCAUAUUAUAAGGAAUUUAAAAAAGUUCUGGAUGCAGCUGAUGUUAUAUUAGAAGUUGUAGAUGCCAGAGAUCCAUUGGGAACACGAUGCACACAGGUUGAAAAUGCUAUUAAAGCUGCUAAAAACAAGAAACUUGUUUUAGUUCUUAAUAAAGCAGAUUUAAUACCAAGAACAAAUCUAGAAAAAUGGUUAAAAUAUCUAAAACAAAGUGUACCUGCUGUUCCUUUUAAAGCCUCGACUCAAUCCCAAUCAAAUCAACUGGGAAGAAGGAAAAUGGCACAAUGCAAAAAUGAAAAAGCAUUACAAGGUUCAACAUGUGUUGGAGCUGAACUUUUGAUGUCCUUAUUAGCCAACUAUUGCAGAAAUAAUGGAAUAAAGACGGCAAUACGAGUAGGUGUUGUUGGUCUUCCAAAUGUUGGCAAAAGUUCUCUGAUCAACAGUUUAAUUCGAAGCAGAGCUUGUAAUGUGGGCGCUACACCUGGAGUUACAAAAGCAAUGCAAGAAGUUCAACUUGAUACAAAAAUAAAGCUUCUCGAUUCCCCUGGAAUAGUUUUUGCUGAUUCUAACAAAUCAAAUGAUAGUUCCAUUGCAUUGAAAAAUGCUUUGAGUAUUGGUUCUCUUAAAGAUCCAUUUACACCUGCAAAUGCAAUUUUACAAAGAGCAGACAAAAAGAUGCUUUGUAAUUUAUAUGACAUUGUUGAGUUUUCUACACCAAAGGAAUUCUAUGCUCUCAAAGCGGCUAGAAUGGGUAAAAUAUUAAAAGGUGGAGUACCAGAUCAAGCAGCAGCUGCAAGAGGUUUGCUAGAAGAUUGGAAUAAUGGUAAAGUUAGAUAUUAUACUGAGCCUCCAUCUUCUGAAGGUGUCCAUAUAAGUGCAAGCAUUGUGAAACAAGAUGAUGUAAAAGAAUUUGAUGUUGACAGUUUCCAGAGUAUGGAAUGUGAAACAAUAGGUCAAAUAAAUUGUGAUGAUCAAGAAGGUAUAUUGAUUGAGAGUACAGGACCAGUUGACAUUUUAGAAAAGAUGGACGAAGAUGAUGUAGCUGAUGACUUGAUUUCUAGCAAUAUUAAUGUAGUACAACAAAAGAAGAAGAAGAAAUUACCUAAAAAGAACAUAGAGACUAAGAAAACAAAAGUAGAACCAGUUUUAUCAUUGGUAGGAAAUCAAACAUUAAAUAAGAUGAAGAAGAUAGAAGCAAAAAAAAUCAAGAAAGCAAAACUAAAAAGUGCUAAACAUGCUAUGCAAUUAGCUGAUGUAUUAGACAAUGUUACACUAAAGAUUUGAAAUUGUGAUUAAUUUGUUUUAAAAAUAUACCUAUUUAAGCU